UUUUGUUCCCUUUCACGGUCAAAGUGUAGUCAAACUGGCAGAAACUGCUUCGUAUCAGCUUGAACCAAGUUAAAACUUUAAUAGUUUUGUUGUAUUUGUAAUGACAGCGCGAAAUAUAUCUCGGUUCUGGGAGUGGGGGAGGAAGAUUAUUUGUGUUGGGAGAAACUAUGCAGACCACGCCAAGGAGCUGAAAAAUGCCAUUCCUACAGAGCCCGUGUUGUUCCUCAAGCCCCCCUCUGCGUACGUCAGGGAGGGCUYCCCCAUCCUGGUGCCCCUGUACACCAGCAACCUGCACCACGAGGUGGAGUUAGGGGUGGUCAUCGGGAAAGGGGGCACAGCCAUCCCGCAGUCCAGCGCYAUGGAGCACGUUGCGGGCUACGCUCUGUGCCUGGACAUGACCGCCCGGGACAUCCAGGACGAGUGCAAGUCCAAAGGUCUGCCUUGGACCCUGGCCAAAGCCUUCAACACGUCCUGCCCCGUCAGCGACUUCAUCCCCAAAGAGCGCAUCCCGGACCCGGCCAACGUCCRGCUGUGGCUGAAGGUGAACGAGCAGCUGCGGCAGAGCGGCUGCACCUCGCAGAUGAUUUUCUCCAUCCCCUUCUUGAUCAGCUACAUCAGCGACUUCAUCAGCCUGGAGGAGGGGGACCUCAUCCUGACCGGGACCCCUAAAGGGGUCUCUGCCGUGCAGGAGCACGAUGAACUGCAGGCUGGGAUCCAGGACGUGAUUACCAUGAGUUUCAGAGUGGGCAGACAGGACCACUGAAGACAGAGACACUGAGACAUCAGCAGAUGGCAGUGCUGUCUUUCUCCUGCCUUCUUUGGCUUUUGAUCCAGAUUACACUUUGCUCAGGUGCAAACUGGUUCACUCUGACUUUUACUCACUGAAAUAGGCUUAAGUUUUCUUAUAAAUUCUCACUGUUUUAAUUAGAAGUGAUGAAGGAUGUAUUCAAAACAACUUUAAAUCAGUGUAUAAGUGUAAAAAAUGGCAUGUGAUGGACUACUUUAUUAACUAAAUAAAUAAAAUAAAAGGCUAAAACGUG